AUUGGUAAUGCGGCACCUCUUCACAGGAGCGUUUGCGCACUCCAUCGGUGGUUUCGUUGGCUUUUUAACUAGCUCUUCGGACUUCCCGGAACAACCACGAAAUGCUCUCGAGGAAAAAGAAUUCGCUCAUGUCUGUACGAUUAAGUCUGUACGAUUAAGUCCACAGCCGAAACCUGCGCUCCCAUUCGCGCGGAGCCCUCGACCAGUUAACCGCAGGGUUUAUUGGGAUUUAAGAUUGUACACGACAGGACGUAUAAGAAGAGAAAGCAAAAAGGAGAGCCCAUGGAAUGAUAUCCUCCUGUGGGUGCGGUCCAUGACCUGGAGCUUGGCAUGAUGAACAUGUCAGAAGACCAAACUAACUGCACUAUUGAACAUGGGAUUCACCUGUACCUGUUCUCCAGCACCUACAUCCUGGUCUUGCUGGUAGGCGUUCCAGCCAAUGCCUACUCUCUUUACCAUGCCUGGCUGCAGGUGAAGGCCCGGAAUGAGCUGGGCAUCUAUUUGCUGAACUUGACCGUGUCUGACCUACUGUACCUGGCCUCGCUGCCCUUCUGGCUGCAGUACAUCUUCCAGGAUGACGACUGGAAAUAUGGCGAGUGGUCAUGCCAGCUGUCCGGCUUCCUACUCUAUGAGAACAUCUAUGUCAGCAUCGGCUUCCUCUGCUGCAUCUCCAUUGACCGCUACCUGGCCGUGGUCCACCCGCUUCACUUCUCCUCCCUCCGCACGAUGAAGGCGGCCGCGCUCAUCAGCGCCAUCGUGUGGCUGAAAGAGCUCGGUGUGGGUGUGGUCUUCUUCGUCCACAAGGAGGUGAGCAGGGACAGCAAUAACCGGACUGUGUGCUUCGAGCACUAUCCCAUGAUGCCCUGGGAGCAUCUCGUCAACUAUUAUCGCUUCUGCGUGGGCUUCCUGUUCCCACUGGGGAUCCUGUCCAUGUCGUACUUUCGUGUCCUGCACGCGGUGGGCAAGAGUGUGGGUACCCAGAUGUUGCAGAAGGUUCGCAUCAAGAACCUGGUCACCAGCACCAUCAUCAUCUUCCUGGUGUGCUUCUCGCCGUACCACGUCUUCCUGCUGGUGCGGACGCUCAGCGAGAAGGACUGCUCCUUCAUCGAGAACAUCUUCAACUACUACCACUUCUCGCUCCUGCUCACCAGCCUGAACUGCGUGGCCGACCCGGCUCUCUACUGUUUCGUCAGCGAGAGCGCCCAGCGCGGCCUACAGGAGACCCUGGACUCCUGCGCCCACGCACUCUGCUCCUGUUCUCGCCGGGAGGGCAGCUACGGCACGGACUCCAACGAAGCCCCACCCCCCAACGAAAGUGGCACCACGGUCACACUGCUGCAGCAGACCAAAGCAGAUGUGUGAACACCUGUGAUUUAAUCAAGUGUUUGAAUGCUGAGCUACGUUUGAGAGUGUUAGGACGUUGAUGUUUUUGCUUUUCAUGAUGAGCUAAGUGACAUACUUCCCUGAUGCCUUGGGCUACACUUAACAACCAUUGAUUCUGAGUGCAACAUUCUGUGAUUUUGUGGUGAUUCUGGUGUAAUUCUCAGGAACUGCAACCUUGAUGAUAUCUAUUCGUUGGCAUUUUAGCUUGGUGGAAUUGCCGCAAACUACAAACAAAAAUAACUUGGGUUAUUAAUGCUAGUAAAGUUCAUGGUUUGUUAAUAUGAACUAUUGUUGUAAAUAAUGUAAGUUAAAGCUUUAUGCAAUUUGUUACAAACUUUUCUAUGCUGAAAUGGACCUGUAGUAAACACAAGAAAAGCUAGUCCUGGAGGCCAGUUAGAGACAUUCAGGGUUUAGACUGUAGUAUAUGCGAUGACGCUGUAAUGAGGAACAUAUACAGGGUUGGUGGGAGCAACCCUAGGCCAGUUCAUUCACCUCAGCGUUUUCCCUCUGUAAGUCCCUUUGGUGGUUUACACAUACCUAAGCAAAGGACCAGAAGGGGUGUCACUUAGUGAUGUAAUACGUGCAAGUUCUAGGACUGACAUGUACCAUAAUGGAUGGAGGACGCUUAAUUCAGACUCACAAUGCAGUCGUCACGAUUUGUAGAGCUGUCCAAGGGAGGUCAUAAGUUUUAUCAAAUGCUUCAUCUCUUGCAGAAGAAUGUAUGUUUACAAUAGAGUACAUAGUCCAUGUUCAUGCAUGUUUGCAACUGCCUACGUUGUAUUAAACGUAAUCUGUGCAUUUUCUGCAUUUUUUGAUACAUUAAUACUUAAAACACAAAGUUCAUGUUUAAAGUUUUGAAUAGUUACUUUUAUUUUGCAUUAUGUUUGGCGUCAUUUGGUGUUUAUUCACUGAGGUGCCGACCAAUUAUUGAAAGGCCAUGUAUAUGGUCUUUUGGACAGUCAGCUUUGAAAUGUAACUACUUAGUAAUGUGGACACAUUAAGUAUGCAUCGCUGUCAUAUUUUUUGCCUUGGUUUUGCUUUUCAUUAACAGCAUGCAUCUCCCCACAGCUUGUAGUAGGGAAACUAGAAGCUGUAAUGCCUCUCAAAUGAUUUAUUAUGAGUGGGAGCAACUACAUUAAAGCUCGAGACUCAAGGCCCACCUUCCACAUCAGACAGAGCAUGGCUGCUGGGUUCAUUGUGCCACACAGAUAACAUAAGCAGCAAGUAGUACCAGGACAAAUCACGACUUAAGAAUUUGUACAUUCAACUAGAAAGAAUUCAAUCUAAGAACAUUACAGUUACUACGUAACACUGACUGAUGAUUCACAUUUUCUUAUUCAUAGUACAAAAGCACCACCUUCCAUAUUUAUAUAUAGUGUGUUUAGCCUUGGGCAGAUGCUUUAUGUAUUAAUGCAAAUGGUGUAUUAACCAUACAUUGUUAAUGUAUUACUGAUACAAAAUGUGCCUGUUUAUGUAAUUAUAAUUGUGGAAGUUACAUAAUUACAAAAUGUUUUGUCUUAACAAUACAUAAUACAUUAUAAUGAAAUAAAGAACAUUAGUCUAAUAAGUAAUACCUUAGAGAUGACUAGGCUAGAGUUUAGUAUUACUUGAGGCUGGUGUUGGUUUCAAGACCACUUAUCAAUUGCAUCUGUAUUUUCAUGCACUUGGGUGAAUUUCGAACACAACUAUAGAGGCAUCUAGACGCAUCAGUACAUUCUGCUAUACGUGAGAUAUACCAUAGACAAGUGAUUUUUUUUUUAAAAUGAAAGUUACAACUUGUAUGUUGGUAAGACAGGAGUAAUUUCUUUUACCGAAACACUUAAAUCCAAAUAUAGAAACAUGAUGCCAGAUCAUAGUGAGUUGGCUCAGUAGACAUCGUCGGUCCACCUUGUAAAACUAUUACAGCCUUAGAGUGGAAGAUGGCAGAUAACUAAGCUUGUAUGUUCUGACUGUGUACACGCUGCCUCCUUUAUCCUGUUAAGUAACGCCAAACGUAAUGCAAAUUGGGGUCUUGUCUGAUGUUUGUCAUUUUAAUAAUUUCAAUAGGCACCAAAGGCAUGAAUGAUUACUAACAAAAUGUGAAUGUAAAAUUUGUGCUGUGGUGUUAAUGCUACUUCAUUUAACUGCUACUUCAUAUGUGUAAUUAAAACCACAAAUUAUUCCAUGUUAACACUUUAAUUCACAGCGAUUACAAUUACGAACAAGACCGUAAGCACAGCAACAUUAAUAAUAAGAUGCUAAUAUAGUACUUUAGGCUUUGCUGGUAAACAUUACUGAUGCUUAAAUGAAAUUAAACAAUGCUUUAAAUACUUUUAAA